UGGAGGUGAUGAUGCUGGUGGUGGGGGACGGGGCUUGUCUUUUCGCUGGCUGUAUGUGUUGACACGCACUUCUGCUCCAUCUCCAUGAUUAAAGCGGUAGCCUGGAGGGGAGUCGCAGCAGCGUGUGAAGCAGCAGCAGCAUUAGCAGCAGAAGAAGAAGCAGUCAGGGGGAAUGAGAGCGGACCGAGCCGAGGCAUCUUCACCAUGCAGCCGACUACCACCACCAGCCGUCCAUUUUAUACCAUUAUAUGAGCCCAUGAGCGCCAGUUUGUCUGUGUCUUGCAGACAGGCAGAGUGCAGACCCGGCGAUGACAACAUAGGCCAACGCCUCGCUGCAGCUACAUACAGGGAAUGAAAACGCUCCCAAGAUGGUCCGCAUCGCCAAGGCCCUGGGUUUGGUUAUUCUGUGCGUCGCUGUGCUCAUCCUGUCCCUCAUUAGCUAUGUGUCCCUGAGAAAAGACAGCCUCUUUACCUCCUCCAAAUAUUACAUGGGGGGUCCGAGGAUUAUGUUUCACGCUGGAUUUCGGUCUCAGUUUGCCAUGAACUUCCUGGAUCCCUCUUUCAUCCCCUUAACGAACGCCCUGAAUGAGGAGCUCCAAGGAAAACCGUCCAAAUGGAAGUUCAACAAGACGGCUUUUUAUCAGCAGAGGAAAGAUAUCUUCAGCUACAUCGACAUUCCCACCAACUUCUCCCUCACAAAGAACAGCGUACGUGUUGGCCAGCUGAUGCACUUUGACUACUCCAGCCACAAGUACGUCUUCUCCAUCAGCAACAACUUAAAAUCCCUGCUCCCCGACACCUCGCCAAUCCACAACAAGCAUUAUUCCAUGUGCGCCGUGGUGGGCAACAGCGGCAUCCUGACAGGAAGCCACUGUGGCCCAGAGAUCGACCAGGCCGACUUUGUCUUCCGCUGCAACUUCGCCCCCACGGAGGUCUACUCCAAGGAUGUGGGCAAGAAGACCAACCUGACCACCUUUAACCCCAGCAUCCUGGAGAGGUACUACAAUAACCUGCUGACCAUUCAGGACAGGAAUAAUUUCUUCCUCAACCUGAAGAAGCUGGAGGGAGCCAUCCUGUGGAUCCCUGCCUUUUUCCUUCAUACCUCAGCCACAGUAACCAGGACCCUGGUGGACUUCUUUGUGGAGCACAAGGGACAACUGAAAGUUGAACUGGCCUGGCCGGGAAACAUCAUGCACGAUGUCAACAAGUACUGGAAGACUAAAAACCUCUCCCCCAAGCGUCUCAGCACUGGGAUCCUCAUGUAUACACUGGCCUCCGCCAUGUGUGACGAGAUCCACCUCUACGGCUUCUGGCCCUUCGGCUGGGACCCCAACACGGGCAAGGAUCUGCCUUACCACUACUACGACAAGAAAGGGACCAAAUUCACCACCAAGUGGCAAGAGACCCACCAGCUGCCUAGCGAGUUCAAGCUGCUCUACAAGCUGCACAGGGAAGGCGUGAUCAGACUCAGCCUGACGCACUGCUCUUAGACACACAGUGGAUGGUUUUUAAAGAGGUGACUCCAGAGACACAGACACAUCUGCUCAGCUCAAACUUCUGUUGUGACCCACACUGCAUGAUAAGUGUUAAGUCAAUUUAUGACGCCCUCAUUCGACAGACACACACUCACAUUGCGCUGUAAUUUCACAUGAAGAUGUCACAGACUUUUCACAGCGUUGUUACUCAUUUAUUCGGUAUAUUGUCGUCUACAGCACUUCACAGUUAGGACUUUUUACGCUUCUCAGUUGCUUCCAUUACUCUCCUUUGCAUGGCUGCUGGCCGUGGCUAAACAGCUCAAACAGUUAACUGGAGUUUGCAGGGGGAUUCAACACAAACAGUCAAAUCUUCCAGUUCUGUAUAACACAGUGUUGAUUGAUUAUCGCCUUUUACAACAGUAUACUGAUUCUGUACACUGAAAUCACUGCCUAAUCUCAGGGAAGGAGUUAGAUCAGUGUUUUUUGUAAUCAGAUUCAACGCCUCAAGAGAGGUGCAGUUCCUGUUUUCAGGCCUUUUUCCCCCACGAGGUGUCAGACAAUCUGCACUGCUCUGAAAGAUGGUACUUGUUUACAAGACUGUACUUGUGUGUCUUUUAUCCUCUGUAGACAGUGUGACUGUCCACUUCAAAUUUUGUUGAGAUUCUUCAAAUUUUUGGAAUAAUAAUCGACAUUCCAACAAUAAGCCAUAAAUUCAUGGACAGACGAUGGUGUGUUGUCACUGAAACGCUGAAUUGUAGAGAGUGGUAUCGGCCUACAUUAGGUUCUGAGACUACAAGACAUUAAAAAAAAAAAAAUCUUCUAACAAGACUACGAGUCUAUAGCCACGCUAGCGGCUACAUUCAAGUCACAGGACUUCCAAAAAAUAAAUAUCCAAAAUGCCGUUUAACCACGCUUAUCAGGUAUUUCAUAUUUAUUAUUAAGUCCGUUGCACAGCAACAAAAAAUUAACCUUGUUUCAAAAGUUGCUAUCCUGAAAAUGACAUAUCUGCUUGCUUAUUUUGUUUGCUUAAAAUUUUUAAAUAAUCAAAAGUCUUGAUAAAAGACAAUCCUGCACACUGCUCUUGCUCAGCAUCACAAUUUAUUGGUUAUACUAAUGUUUUGGUGGCAGCACGGUGGUACAGUGGUUAGCAUUGUCGCCUCGUAGCAAGAGGGUUCCUGGGUGGAGGAUUGAAACCAGGAACCUCUGUGCGAGGUUUGCAUGUUCUCCUCAUGUCAGCAUGGGCUCUCUGGGUACUCCGGCUUCCUCCCACAGUCCAAAGACAUGCAGGUUAAUUGGUGACUCUAAAUUGACUGUAGCUGGGGCUUCGGUGGCUUAGUGGAUAGAGCAGGCACCCCAUGUACAAGCCUGUUGCAGCAGCGGCCUGGGUUCAAGUCCGGCCUAUGGCCUUUUGCUGCAUUUUAAAAUAGUUAAAAUAAAAUACUCAGUCGUGACAAAGAUAAGAGGGACUGAAACAUUAGUAUAACCAAUGAACUGUGAUGUAGUGUGCUGGAUCUUCUUUUUUCAAGAUGCAUCCGCAUCUGAGAUGGUUGGAUGUGCGUAUAUCCCCUUUAAAAAGAAAGAAAGAAACAUUAAUUAUAGACAAAUGUAAGUCAUGAUAAAAUUGUUUAAGUUUGACUAACUCUGUGCAAAUUAUGCAUUGGACAUUUCUUGGGAGGAUUUUUGAUUUACCUCAAAAGAGCGUUAAGUCCCAUUAAACGACCUCCUGGUUAUUUAUUUUGUCAGAAAAACAGAUGCAUAGUUCAUUAGAGUCACAAACUGGAGCUAAAGGUUCACUAGCUAUUUGUCAAUUUUUAAGUUUGUGUAUAAAGUCCUUCCUUCAUUCUCACCACUAGUUUGUUUAAAAUUUAGGCCACAGGCUCACUUGAUGACAGAAUGACAGGAAGUCACUGCUCCUGGCCGAGAAAUGAACCCCGAAAAAACACAAUUUGUUUUUUUUGUACAAAUUAAACAAAUGAGAUAUAACCUGCUCAUUGAAGAUUCUGGUAGUCAUAUUUUGUUGUCUUUGGAACGAGCCAAUCGAGCCUUUUCCGUAGUUUUUAGUCUUUAUGUUAAGCUAAGCUAAUUGGCUGCUCGCUCCAGCUUCUUAUUUAACAUACAGACAUGACAGUGGUGUUGAUCCUGUCACCUAACUCUUGCAAGAAAGGGAUGAAGCAUAUUGGCCAAACUGAAGUGUUGCUUUAAAACCGAAUAUAUUUCAAUAUAUUAUUUUCUUACACAGUUCAGAUGAGUCAAAUUCAGUAUGAUCUAUUUUAUCUUAAAUCUACACGUGUCAUAUAUUAGCAAGCUAACGUUAGCUUUGUCAGUUGGUUCAGUUAGCUACGCAGCAGUUACACCUGCAGUUUUAUAGGUGUAAAUAUUCACAGUAACUACUAAUAGUUUUAAGACCCAGUUAGCGUGCUGAAACCUGUUUUAAUUCAGUAAAUACAAGCUAAGUUUCAAUUAAUAGCUGCAACCAUCUCCUGUAAACACAACUGAUGGAUCAAUGAGAAUCAAGAAGACAGUUUUAUCAAUAUAAGCAGAGGGUAUCAGACUGUCUUGUGACCUAAAUCAUGGCGCUAGCGUGGCGAAAACAUCAGGAAAUACAACAGUUUGGACGGUUUCUUCAGCACCAAGAUGAUCUUGAGGUUUACCACUAUUUCAAUUACAUAAAUAUAUAUUAAAAACCUAAAGAAGAAAUACACUAUUUAUUAUAGAGCUUUUGUUGACUGGGGGGAAGUUAUUUAUUCGUCACGUCACCAUAUCAAAACCAAUAUUUGUGACAUAAAACAGAGAAAUGAAUGAAUGUUAUGUGCAUCUCGUAUACAGAGCAUGAUCCAUUUAAAUGACAUUGCAUGUGAGGCACUAACAAAUCUUUUAGGCUAGUUUUAUACAACCUUUUUGAAGAUUGUUUUGAGGGUAAAAAUUUAGUUUUUUGCUAUUGUUUGUACUCCUGAUGGUGUUUUCCUUACGAAUAUCACCAGUGUCUUUGUAUGAGAGGCAUUUGAAGGCUUAAAAAAAAACCAAAAGAACCCUAAUAUAAUAUAUUCCACAUGGGACCAAACCACUACAGAACAACUCAAAAAUGAACAAGCUUUAUUUUUUGUAACUGUAGAUAAUCUGGGGUUCUCAAAAACAGUCCGCCCUGUCAUGCCAGUCUGACUGGGUUGAACGCUGGCCACAUGACUUGUCUCAUGACUCUACAACAUGUGCUCCUUGAUGCAAACUCUGGCUCAGGCUGAGGUUUAAUACACAGAGCAACGCAGUCAUUCACACUUACCAUAUAAUAGUGUGCGCUUUUGUGCUCAUUCAGAUUUGGCGUGGUAGCCGCUUGUUUGCCAUCCAGUCCCACACAAAACGUCCUUCUGUCUCGUCUCCUUUGGGCAAGAUGAACAUUUUUUUGUGUCUCGUCUCAAAAUCACAGCGCAGUCACCACCAUGAAAACACAUAUCUGAUGGGAAAGUCUGAAUUAUAGGUCAUUUAAUUGAUGUCAUAGAUGUGAACAUUUAAGGAUAAUUUCUGUAGUCCUUUCCAUUAGGAAUGUUUUGUUGGUACACCAAAGACCAUGUGUUCAAAGUAGAAACGUUGAUAAAGAUUUAUUUGGUAUUUCUGGAAGCUGUAAGACGACUAACAACUUUUAUUGUAUAAGAAAUGGAGUAUUCCUUUUUUUGAUGUUGAAUUUAAUGGUAAAUAUCACUUUUCGUGGCACAAAAAUCAUUUUAAACUUAUCUGCUUUUUUGGUUUUAGCCAUUGUGGUGGAAUUUAUUUGUGACUCCAUGAAUGUCCUCGUAUAGAUUGGUUUGUUUGAAGAAUCCACUGACAUGAAUGCAGGACAUUUAAAGGUUUUCUCUUAAAGGGUAACUAUGGUAUCUUUCAACCUGGACCCUAUUUUCCCGUGUUUUUGUGUCUGAGUGAUCUAAUUUGAAGCAGCAGUUUUUAAAAAUUGGUCAGUAUUGAGCGAGAGGGCUGUGGACAACAACUGCAAAACAGGCUGCAAUGUAAACAGUUGGGGCAAUUGUGCGCCGUCAAUUUACGUCCACUAAUAGUGUUUGUUUUUGCCACUGACAGGCUCAGAUUGUUAUUUUAGGUGUCUGACAACAUUAUGGAAAGGAUCCUACAGAGACAGACCUUUUUGUUACAUAGUAAGACCCUUUUUUGCUUAAUCAGAAACAGCCCCAGAAUUGCAAUUGCCAAACCCACUAGACAAGGGGUAGGCAACUUGCUGCAUGUGGCUCUGUAGCUCCAGUGGCUCCCUGUGGCUUUAACCAAAAAUUAGGCUACAUGUAAAUGAAUCAAAGUUGUUUUUGAACAUUUUAAUUAUCAUUUAUCAUUGUUCUAGGCCUAAAGUGAUUCUUUUCACUAUCUAAUUGUAAAAAUGUGUAACCUUUAGGCCUACAACAAAUUUUAAAAAUGUUCGUAAACUAAAAUGUAAAUCAUAGCUAUGUCUACAGCCUGGCAUCCCUUCUUUAAAUUUUGCCGAACAUCAAGAGCGAUGGCUUGUCUUGAGUUUCCUUAGCGAAGCUAGCUGUGGAUUCCAAGUCCAGAAAGGAAAAGUCCUGGAGGAAAAUAUUGAAUUUAAUAGUGCAUAGACAGAUUUGUUUACUUUCGCUGCAGGGUACUAAAUAUUCAUAAACACCUAACAGCAGAGAAGUCACGUAACGGUAAAACAUAUUAAUGAUUAGACCUGUUAGUAAUGCUGAUAAGCUAAUUUAGACUUAAUAAGGCUGUGUUACCUUUCUUAUAAGGUUAAAAUAUAUUUUGCGGCUCCAGAUAGAUUUAAUACAUUUUUUUGGACCAAAAAUGGCUCUUAUUUUUAUCAUCGUAAAUCACACUUUAUCCAAAAUGAAAUUCACAAAGGCUGUCUUACUUAGUCAGUCCACUGUUUCAACAAUUACCAACUCUGGUUUGGUUGAAAUAAACUCUCAAUUCACACAAUUAGAUGUGAAAAUAUUCUGCCUCUAUACAUGCUAAAAUUAGUGUUAUUUGAAUUAAGUUUGGUGAGUGUUGCGAUAACAAAUUCGGCGCUGUUUCUAGUUAAACAAAAAGGAUUUUACUCUUACAAGAAGGUAGACCUCUGUUGGGAUCCUUUCCAUAACGUUGUCAGACACUUUAGCACUAUUUGGAUGGGACUAGUUUUACCUGGGCACGUGGGGUAAUGUCACUUUACCACAGGACGUCAGUAAUAUUAAUGGCCGAUUCACAUGGGAUAAGAAAUAUCAGUAAAACUACCACAAGUGGGAGGGGUAAAUCCAUUCACGCACCACCUUCCCCUCCUGCAGUCAUGUGUGUAUGAUAGGACUGUCAAAAGCACCAUGAAAUUGAAUUCGAAUAUGUUCGAAUUAAUUUAGUAGCGUUCGAAUAAUAUUAGAAUUUAUUAUUAUUAUUAUUAUUAUUAUUAUUAUUAUUUCAAUUUUUUAUUUAUUUAUUUUUUACAAAUAAAAAAAACACAAAAAAUAAGAUGCUUAUUGCUGGCGCAAUAUGAACGUGACACUCGGAUGAAAACACCCGUUCUGACCUCACUAUAGUGCCAGGUAUGACCAACUUCUGCCUCGCUAUCUAAGCAAUGUUUGGAUACUUCAGUGUGUAGUUUUCCACCACAAGAGUGGAUCUUGGUUGGCUCGUAGUGGUGUCUCAUUCUGGUAACGUAACGUUUCAUCUCUUCUUCAAAAAGGGUAGGCAGGGAGGCAGCAGGUGCAACACUCUCCCUGUAUGUCUCCCCGAACAGGUCACACAUCGCGGACAGUGCAGUGGGUGGUGUUGGCACAGCGGGCUCCUUCGUCGGUGCCUCUCCCUCUAUUUAAAUUUUUUGAAACUAUUGCUGCAUCCCUCUCUGGCCUGGCUUGUGCGCAAGCCAUCUCUGCCCAAACGGGAUUUGCCAUGGUAUACAACAUUAUUGAUAGUAUUAAUUAAUUAUUAAUGAUAUUUGAAUUAUCAAAUUUAGGUUCAAACUUAUAAAAAAUAUUUAUAUUCGAAUGUAUUUCGAACUUUGAAUUUUUUUUGACAGCCCUAAGUCACACAUAUUUACUGCUGGUCUAUUCGCAUGGGAUUCUUAUUACCUGAGGUAAUCUUCCGGGACCCUUUUACAGAAGGUAAAAGUCGCGGUAAUCUUUACUGACAUCGUGCGGUAAUGAUUACUGAC